AUGGAGCUUUCGGGGGCCUACCUGCUCCUUUGCCUCUUAUCUCUUCUUCCCCAGGUCAUGGCUGACCCACCAAACCUCAAGGCCAAGAAGGCAGCAAAUGUCAAGAAAGAUGUCGUCAGCCCAAAGAUGUUUGAGGAGCUCAAGAGCCAACUGGACAGCCUAGCCCAGGAGGUGACGUUGCUGAAGGAGCAGCAGGCCUUACAGACAGUUUGCUUGAAGGGCACUAAGGUGCACAUGAAGUGCUUCCUGGCCUUUCCUCAGGCUAAGACCUUCCACGAGGCCAGUGAGGAUUGCAUCUCGCGCGGAGGCACCCUGGGCACCCCGCAGACGGGCUCCGAGAAUGACGCUCUCUACGAGUACCUACACCAGAGCGUGGGCGCUGAGGCUGAGAUCUGGCUGGGCCUCAAUGACAUGGCAACCGACGGCGUCUGGGUGGAUAUGACAGGCGGAAGCAUAGCCUACAAGAACUGGGAGACGGAGAUUACCGGGCAGCCAGAUGGUGGCAAGACAGAAAACUGCGCUUCGCUGUCGGGCACGGCCGCUGGCAAAUGGUUCGACAGGCGCUGCCGCGACAAGUUACCAUACAUCUGCCAAUUCGGGAUCGUGUAG